CCUCCUCUUUCUACCGUCAGAGGCUUGCAAACUUGUUAAAAGCUCUCCCAGUGUUCCAAGUUAGAAAAAACUUUUACAAGGUAUCAGCACUUUUCUUUCAUUAGUGGGGAAGGAAGGAUGAAAAAUACAAAACAGCCGUAGACUUUAAAGUUUCAAUAGACAGGUCUGAGUGCCUGAACGUGCUCUUCCAUUUUACUUUACCCUCCAAAGAAGUAUUCUGAUACAGUUUCACUGCUGAGCAGCAAGGCCAGCAUCUUGUGAAGAUGGGUGAUUGGAGUGCCUUGGGAAAACUUCUUGACAAGGUUCAAGCCUAUUCUACUGCAGGAGGGAAGGUGUGGCUGUCUGUCCUCUUUAUUUUCCGAAUCCUGCUACUGGGGACAGCAGUCGAAUCUGCCUGGGGAGAUGAACAGUCUGCUUUCCGGUGCAACACUCAACAGCCUGGUUGUGAGAACGUCUGCUAUGACAAGUCAUUUCCCAUCUCCCACGUACGCUUCUGGGUUCUGCAGAUCAUAUUUGUGUCUGUACCUACCCUUUUAUACCUGGCACAUGUGUUCUAUGUAAUGAGGAAGGAAGAGAAGCUAAACAAAAGAGAAGAAGAGCUUAAGGUGGUCCAAAAUGAUGGUGUGAAUGUGGAUAUGCACCUCAAACAAAUAGAAAUUAAGAAAUUCAAGUAUGGAAUCGAAGAGCAUGGCAAAGUGAAGAUGCGUGGGGGACUGCUCCGUACUUACAUCAUCAGCAUCUUGUUUAAAUCUGUCUUUGAGGUGGCUUUCUUGCUGAUACAGUGGUACAUUUAUGGGUUUAGCCUGAAUGCCAUCUACACCUGCGAGCGAGAUCCAUGCCCGCACAGAGUGGACUGUUUCCUGUCCCGUCCAACUGAAAAAACCAUCUUCAUCCUCUUCAUGCUGGUCGUGUCCUUGGUGUCGCUUGCCUUAAACAUCAUUGAGCUUUUCUACGUGUUCUUCAAGGGUGUCAAGGAUCGUGUGAAAGGGAAAACCGACCCCUACUCCCACAGCGGUGCCAUGAGCCCUUCCAAGGACUGUGGCUCCCCCAAAUAUGCUUAUUACAAUGGCUGCUCCUCACCAACUGCCCCCUUGUCUCCCAUGUCUCCCCCAGGGUACAAGCUCGUUACUGGAGACAGGAACAAUUCCUCCUGUCGUAACUACAAUAAGCAAGCCAGCGAGCAAAACUGGGCCAACUACAGCGCGGAGCAGAACAGAAUGGGGCAGGCUGGCAGCACCAUCUCCAACUCGCACGCCCAGCCCUUUGACUUCUCCGAUGAGCACCAGAACACUAAAAAACUGGCGUCGGGACAUGAGCUGCAACCCCUCACCAUUGUGGACCAGAGGCCUCCCAGCAGGGCCAGCAGCCGAGCCAGCAGCAGGCCUCGACCUGAUGACCUGGAGAUCUAAGCUUCUAGCUGCAGUACUUGCUCAACUAUGAAACGACGUGCAUUGGAAGAUGCAGUCAGUGCUGAUCUUGUUCCAGUGGAGGUGGUACUUAACAAUCUCAAGCAGGAGAUUUUAACAAUCAUAAAAACAAACAAACAAGCAAACAAACUUUUGAAAUACUUGCUGGUUUUGGGGGGGAUGCGGGGUUGGUGUGGGGUGGUACAGUACACAUUGAUAUUUAAUGUAGCUGGUUUAAAGGAUUUAAAUACUAAAAAA